AUGCGGGAUAUCUGCACGGCUGGACACCUGCAGCUGCUGAGGCUGGCGUUGUCGGUGGACGCGAAGCUGGCGUCGGCGCGCCUGGACGGGUGUGGGUCGACGCCGCUGCACGUGGCUGCAGCCAGUAGGCGCGACGCGGCGGUACGGCUGCUGCUGGAGGCGGGCGCCGACUGCGAGGUGAGAGACGGCCGCGGGCGUACGCCCCUCCACGCCGCCGCCGCCAGUGGCAGCGUCUACGCCUUCAGGCUGCUGUUGGACGCCGGCAGCGACCCAGAGAGCCAGGACUCAGAAGGAAACACCGCUGUGCACCUCGCCUGCGAAGGUGGCCACACAAGUGUCCUGAUGGCGCUGUACGACAGGGGCGUUUCUCGCUGUCUGGUAAAGAUACAGCUGCUCUUGGCAGCCGAAAGCUGCAACGUUGAGGGAGUGCGCCUCGCACUGAAGCAGACUUCCAGCUGGGGAAGCGGGUGGAGCGACUUGCACUGCGUGGCGAUUAAGGGCAGCGGCACGGCAGUGAGGACGCUGCUGGCAGCCGGCGUCGACCCCAACGCCCGCGACGCCAACGGCGACACCCCGCUGCACGCCGUGGCGGCCGCGGGCUGCCCGGGGGCCGCAGAGGCGCUGGUGGAGGCCGGCGCAGACGUGGACGCGGCCGACUCGAGCGGCUCGACGCCUCUGCACUACGCGGUGCGCGCUGGAAACCUGGGGGUGGCGCGAGAGCUGCUGGCCGCGGGAGCCGACGUGGAGGCUCGCGACGCCGAGGGCGACACGCCGCUGCUGCGCGCCGUAUUUUGUUUAUUUUGUUUCGAGGUGACUUGA